AGAAGGAUGGACUAUAACAUUGAAUCAAUUACACAACGCGGUGUUUGAGCCCAUAACAGUUGGAGCUAGACGGAGAGAAAGAGAGGAGGGAACCGCAGGAGGGAACUGAAGGCCGUGGACUUUUUUUGCUCAAUGUGUAGGAUUUUCUUUGCUGAUUGACAUAGGAGGAGAAGGGUCACACUCAAUGGCUCUUCACUUCUAUUUGCAGAGGACGAGAUGGCAACACAUUAAAGAGAAAGAAGAAUAUUAGCUUUUUCCAGAAUGAUGGGGACUUCUCGAAGGGCAUUGCUGGUCUUAGGCUACCUCCUCACAGGGCCAAGCCUAAUACUCUGCCAGCUUUCAUUACCCUCUAUUCUUCCAAAUGAAAAUGAAAAGGUUGUGCAGCUGAAUUCAUCCUUCUCUCUGAGAUGCUUUGGGGAGAGUGAAGUGAGCUGGCAGUACCCCAUGUCUGAAGAAGAGAACCCCAAUGUGGAAAUCAGAAGUGAGGAAAACAACAGUGGCCUUUUUGUGACCGUGCUGGAAGUGGUCAGGGCUUCAGCGGCCCACACGGGACUGUACACUUGUUAUUACAACCACACUCAGACAGAAGAAAAUGAGAUUGAAGGCAGACACAUUUAUAUCUAUGUGCCAGACCCAGACGUAGCCUUUGCACCUCUAGGAAUGACAGAUUAUUUGGUCAUCGUGGAGGAAAAUGAUUCUGCCAUCAUACCCUGCCGCACGACUGACCCCAAGACUCCGGUGAUCUUACGCAACAGUGAUGGGGUGGUACAGGCCUCUUAUGACAGCAGGCAGGGCUUUAACGGAACCUUCACCAUGGGACCCUAUUUCUGCGAGGCCACCAUCAACGGGAAGAAGUUCCAGUCCAUCCCCUUUAAUAUUUAUACCUUAGAAGCAUCAUCUGAACUCGAUUUAGAGAUGGAAGCUCCAAAAACUGUAUAUAAGUCGGGAGACACAAUCAUGGUCACUUGCACAGUCUUUAAUAACGAGGUAGUUGACCUUCAGUGGACUUACCCGGGCAAAGUGAAGGGCAAAGGCAUCACGAUGCUCGAUGAAGUCACAUUUCCAUCCAUCAAGUUGGUGUACACCUUGACUAUCCCUGAGGCCACGGUCAAAGAUGGUGGAGACUACCAAUGUGCAGCCCGCCAGGCUAUGAGGGAGGUCAAAGAAAUGAAGAAAGUCACCGUUGUUGUCCAUGAGAAAGGGUUUGUUGAAAUCAAACCCAAUUUCAACCAAUUGGAAACAGUCAACCUGCAUGAAGUCAAGCAUUUUGUGGUGGACGUGCAGGCCUACCCCCCUCCCAGGAUAUCCUGGCUAAAGGACAACCUGACUCUGAUUGAAAAUCUGACUGAGAUCACAACUGAUGUAGAAAAGAUUCAGGAAAUAAGGUAUCGAAGCAAAUUAAAGCUGAUCCGUGCUAAGGAAGAAGACAGUGGCCAUUAUACUAUUGUAGUUCAAAAUGAAGAUGAUCUGAAGAGCUAUACUUUCGAACUAGUAACUCAAGUUCCCUCAUCUAUUCUGGACUUGGUUGACGACCACCAUGGCCCCACUGGGGGACAGAUUGUGAGGUGCACAGCUGGAGGAACUCCUCUUCCUGAUAUUGAGUGGAUGAUUUGCAAGGAUAUUAAAAAAUGUAAUAAUGAAACUUCAUGGACAAUUUUGGCCAACAACAUCUCAAAUGUCAUCACGGAGAUCCACCCUCGAAGCAAGAAUACUGUGGAGGGCCAAGCGACGUUCCUGAAAGUGGAAGAGACCAUUGCAGUUCGAUGCCUGGCUAAGAAUCUUCUUGGCAUUGAGAACCGGGAACUGAAGCUGGUGGCUCCCACUCUGCGUUCUGAACUCACAGUGGCGGCUGCUGUCCUAGUGCUCUUGGUGAUCGUGAUCAUCUCACUUAUCGUCCUGGUUGUCAUUUGGAAACAGAAACCAAGAUAUGAAAUUCGCUGGAGGGUCAUUGAAUCAAUCAGCCCAGAUGGACAUGAAUAUAUUUAUGUGGAUCCAAUGCAGCUGCCUUAUGACUCGAGAUGGGAGUUUCCGAGAGAUGGACUAGUGCUUGGUCGUAUCCUUGGAUCUGGUGCAUUUGGGAAAGUGGUUGAAGGAACUGCCUAUGGGUUAAGCCGGUCCCAGCCUGUCAUGAAAGUAGCAGUGAAGAUGCUGAAACCCACAGCCAGAUCCAGUGAAAAACAAGCUCUAAUGUCUGAAUUGAAGAUAAUGACCCACCUGGGGCCCCAUUUAAACAUUGUAAACUUGCUGGGAGCCUGUACCAAAUCAGGACCCAUUUACAUCAUCACUGAGUACUGCUUCUAUGGGGAUUUGGUGAACUAUUUGCAUAAGAAUAGGGACAGCUUCCUGAGCCACCACCCAGAGAAGCCAAAGAAAGAGCUGGACAUCUUUGGAUUGAACCCCGCUGAUGAAAGCACACGGAGUUAUGUUAUUUUAUCCUUUGAAAACAAUGGCGACUACAUGGACAUGAAGCAAGCCGACACCACCCAGUAUGUCCCCAUGCUAGAAAGGAAACAGGUUUCUAAGUAUUCGGACAUCCAGCGAUCCCUGUACGAUCGCCCAGCCUCAUAUAAGAAGAAAUCUUUGUUAGACUCUGAAGUCAAAAACCUCCUUUCGGAUGAUAACUCAGAAGGCCUUACUUUGUUGGAUUUGUUAAGCUUCACCUAUCAAGUUGCCCGAGGAAUGGAGUUUUUGGCUUCAAAAAAUUGUGUCCACCGGGAUCUGGCUGCUCGCAACGUCCUCCUGGCUCAAGGGAAAAUCGUGAAGAUCUGUGACUUUGGCCUGGCCAGAGAUAUCAUGCAUGAUUCCAACUAUGUGUCGAAAGGCAGUACCUUUCUCCCUGUGAAGUGGAUGGCUCCUGAAAGCAUCUUCGACAACCUCUACACCACCCUGAGUGACGUCUGGUCUUACGGCAUUCUGCUCUGGGAGAUCUUUUCCCUUGGUGGCACACCCUACCCUGGCAUGAUGGUGGAUUCUACUUUUUACAAUAAGAUCAAGAGUGGGUACCGGAUGGCCAAGCCCGACCACGCCACCAGUGAAGUGUACGAAAUCAUGGUGAAGUGCUGGAACAGUGAGCCGGAGAAGAGACCUUCCUUUUACCACCUGAGUGAAAUUGUGGAGAAUCUGUUGCCAGGGCAAUAUAAAAAGAGUUAUGAGAAAAUCCACCUGGACUUCCUGAAGAGUGACCACCCUGCCGUGGCACGCAUGCGCGUGGACUCGGACAACACGUACAUUGGCGUCACCUACAAAAAUGAGGAGGACAAGCUCAAGGGCUGGGAGGGUGGCCUCGAUGAGCAGAGACUGAGCGCAGACAGCGGCUACAUCAUCCCACUCCCUGACAUCGACCCGGUCCCUGAGGACGAAGACCUGGGCAAAAGGAACAGACACAGCUCACAGACCUCUGAAGAGAGUGCCAUUGAGACAGGUUCCAGCAGUUCCACCUUCAUCAAGAGAGAGGACGAGACCAUCGAGGACAUCGACAUGAUGGACGACAUUGGCAUAGACUCCUCAGACCUGGUGGAGGACAGCUUCCUGUAACUGGCACAUUCAGGAGAACCUUCCACUCCUGGUACCGUCUUUGAUACCUUUGAGAAAACCACUUCAUUGCAAUGCAAAUGUUACGAGGAGGACUUGGAUGAUGUGUAAAGAGAAGUUUCCCAGCCAAGGGCCUUGGGGAGCCUUCUAAAUACGAAUGAAUGGGAUAAAUUGAAAUGAACCUUUUCAGCAUUGUCUCUUGCAAUGCUUCAGUAGCAUCUCAGUGGUGUGUGCAGUUUGGAGGUAGAUGGACAAAGGAAUAAUAGGCCACGGAAGAUGAACUUUGUGUUUCAGUGGCAUUGGUGAGAUUCUGACGUACACAUUUUUACAGCGAUAAAACGCCAGCAUUGUAAUUAUGUAAAUAACUCUAACCAAGGAUGUGUUUAGAUUUGUGUUAAAUAUCUUUUCUGGACUUUUGAAAAGACCACUUGAUCCAUUCUUGUACUUCCCUCUUGAAACCUGGUGUCAGCUGCUGUUGAACUCUCUCAUGAAGUACAUGCAAAAACCACUUUUGAACCUUAAAAGGUACUGGUACUAUAGCAUUUUACCUUUUUUUUUUAGUGUUAAAGAGAUUAAGGAUAAAUAAUUAACCAACCUUGUUUAAUAGAUUUGGGUCGUUUAGAAGCCCCUAAACUCAUUUGUAUAUUGUAAUCUACGUUUAUAAUAACACUACUGUUAUCAGCAAUGCUAAAUGUGUAAUAUGUAACAAGUUUUCCCUACAGAGAAAGCACAAGUUAAAAAAACCCUUACUAAGUAGGUAGCAAGUUUGACUGUUUUGGCAUUUAUAUUAAAUAACAUGUUUCUCUAUAAGAUAUUGUAAUAGCUUUAGUGGAUUAAAUUUAGUUGAACAUAGAAAACAAAGUAAAAGUAGUAUCUUCCAGGAAGUCAGAGUUUUUAAUUGUGUACUGAAUAGGUUCACUAAUCAAUUUUACUAAAAACCAUUAACUGCCCUCUGAAGUAAUGGGAUUUUAAAAAAUUUGAAAUGUUCUCAGUAUAAAGGCAUAAGCAAGACUUCUCAUUAUUGCCCAAAGGAAAAUACAAUCAUCAGCAAAAAGACUGGAUUUGCAGAGAUUUUUUUCAUGGCUAGUGAUAACGCUGAUGGAUCCCAGCAAAGAUAUUUUUAAACUCUGUGAAUCCUCAGAGUCUGAAGGAAUCCCUGAACAUCAGCUCCAUUCCCUCAUCUCUUGCCCCCAAAAGAACUCUUUUGAAGCUCUGAGAUAAUAAUGGCAUUGCUUAGAGAAGGCUGUGUGUGCAUUAGCCUGUGUCUUUGAUUGCUAAAUGAGGCUGGCAAACAGAAUCAUAAGGGGGAGCAGGAAACUGUAUUUUAUAAAUUCCCUGGCUAUUCUGAUCAGGCAGGUUUGGGGGUUGUAACCAAUUUAAGGUUACAAGAAGUUGCCCUGUGAGAAAAAUAAUUUGAAAUUUGGAGCUGGGUUAGAAACCUACCAUUUAAAUCCAUUGCUACCCUUAAUUUGGUUUUCCAGUCUUAGCUGAGGUUAAGAAAGCUAAAUCUUGGCUUGGCAAAUCUUCCUGCCAAAAGUAAAGUUACUGCUUCCCAGUGCAUGGGGGAACUGAGCUUGAUUUUUUUUCCAUUUCCAGAGAGGUAUGUACAAAAAUGAUGCAGUUUAGCAUGCCAGAUAUCUGUAUACUGAACUCAAUAUUUUGGUGACAAAGAAAAGUUUUACUCUAUUUUUGGAGUUAGAUAGGAGGAUGAAUUGUCAAAUCCAUCCAAACUGUCAAACUGGUUGGGGUGGGUUCAUUGGCAUUCUUUGCAAUACCGCUUAAUUGCCGACACCAUAUGAAUGAAACAUGGGUUGUGAUUACUGCAAUCACUGGAUGUGCUCCCGGCAGGUGAUGCUUUGGAAGCUGUAGAAGCAAUAAUAAGGUCCUUGACUACCUACUGGUGUAAUCUCAACACAAGCCCCAACUUUCUAAUCCACCUUUUUCAUGGUAAGUGUGAAGACUGAGCCAGAUUGGCCAAUUAAAAAAGAAAACCUGACUAGAUUCUGUAGAGCCAAUUAGACCUGAAAUACAUUUGUGUUUCUAGAAUCAUAGCUCAAGCAUUCUGUUUAUCACUCACUCUCACUUAUGUAGCCUUCUCUUGUUGGUGCUUUGCAUUUUGAUUAUUACUUUGAAUCUUGCUUGACAUCAUGAAACUGGAUGAAAAUUCUCAGACCAGCAGUUUGUAGUCUUAACAAAUGCUCCACCUGAGUGAGUCUGUGUAUGACUGCGUUUUUUUUUUUUACAGUGUUUUCAGUAUAUCUCAGAUUUGUUUCCUUUUUGGUCUCCUGAAAAGUCCCCAGAAGAAAAUUUACCAGGCUUUCCUGCUUUCUAUUUUUAUUAUGACAAUCAAAAAGCUGGCCUAAGAAGCACAAUUUGUGAAUUUUUCAGUGAUCAAGGAUGUCCUUAAAAUGUGGUCUGCCAAUCUGUACAAAAUGGUCCUAUUUUUGUGAAGAGGGACAUAAGAUAAAAUGAUGUUAUACAUCGAUAUGUAUAUAUGUAUUUCUAUGUAGACUUGGAGAAUACUGCCAAAUCAUUUAUGACAAGCUGUAUCACUGCCUUUGUUUAUAUUUUUUUAACUGUGAUAUUCCCCACAGGCACAUUAACUGUUGCACUUUUGAAUGUCCAAAAUUUAUAUUUUAGAAAUAAUAAAGAGAAAAAUACUUGUGUUCCCCAAACAGUGGUGUGGUGAAUAUGUGAGAAGAACUAACUUGAUCGGGUGGGUCCACUGGUACAAUAUAUAUUACAAAUGCCCCUGUUCAUGUUUUCAUUUUAAAAUGUGUAAAUGAAGAUCUUUAUAUUUCAAUAAAUGAUAUAUAUAAGUUAAAGUUA